AUUAAAAAAAAACCGAAGAAGAAGAAGUAAACGUACUCUCCAAUCUCCGACCACUGCAACGAGAUCAAAGGAUGUAGCACUAGUUUGGGGGCCACAAAAAACACAUGUUCACAACUGCAGAGUUUAUUUUUUAAAAGCACCGAGUCCCAUUUUAGAAGCAAAACUCGUGCAUCCGAUUUUGGAGCAAACAUGGCGGCCACGUCGGAAACUGACGGAGACCAACGACUGGCCACCAAUCAAGUGUCGCUUGUCCAAGUCGCUGGCGCGGUCAUGUAAUGAAUAACACAGCACCAUAACAUGGCUGACUCCAAGGAAGCGACUCAGACGGAGGAAUGAGCUCAAAAGGAGCUGAGAUAGCAACGAGAUAUCGGGAACGCCGUGAUGCUGACCCGGACAGAAGAAGAAAGUACCUUGAGAAAGAGAGGGACAAAUGGAAAAAAGACAGAGAGACUGGAAAAAAGAAGAGUGUCAAUGAACUAAGUGAGAGAGAGAAAAGGGCAAAAAGAAAGAACUGGAGAGAGGUAAGAAGCCAAGCCAGAGCUAGAAAGAAAUGCCGAGACAUUUCAUGUCUGUGUAAAAGAGAGGACGGUGUUUUGGACUGCCCCCGCUUUAACCUUCAAGAGGUCACUCUAGCCGAUGUUCCCGUUUCAUCUGAUGAGCCCUCAGGAUGUGGAAAGACGCCAGAUAACCCUGGGAGACCAGAAACGCUUGAGGUAACAGAGGGGACCGACGGAGAGUCCAUGGAAGCUGUUUCAGAGCCGGGACCAUCGGUGGAUGUUGGAGACCCGGAGCGUGUUCGCAAAGCUUCUCCUAGCCUCUCUGAACAUGGAGAGGACUACAAACCCGGGAAUGAGACAGUCGACACUGUUUUGGUUCGCCCUGUUUGUUCGCCAGGGAGCCCCUCAGAGUCUGAAAAAGAGGAGACGGUUGAGGUGAAAACCGAGGAGGAGUUUGAGGUGAAAACCGAGGAGGAGUUUGAGAUGAAAACCGAGGAGGAGUUUGAGUCGAACGAAGAACAUGUGGCAGUAAAGGAUGACCGCUGUGGGGACAGUCCUGCAGCACCUGAUGCCAGCGAGGACACAAAUAUGCACAAGACCUCUGAGGAGCUGGCAAACACGAACACGGACACUAAGGAGUGCGUCGACACCCAGCAGGAGAAGGAGGCUGCUGGCGGUAAAUUGAGGGUUUCUGUGGCGGACGACCUCGAUGAGAUGAUGGACAUCGGCAUCGUGGAUCAGGUGGAGCAGGAAGCUCAGAUGAACGAGGAGCAGCAGAAUAGUGAGAUGGACAUGGACGGCAGCCGCUCACCUUCCUGUUUGAACACGGCCUCGGCGACGGAAGACGGUAACUCUGCGGAGGAGGAAGUGGAUGUGAAACCCACGAUAUUACCACCACCUGUGGAGGAGGAGAAAGUGGCUUUAGACUCGGUGCGGUCCAGCUUGUCUCCGUCGUCUGAAGCCACGGCCAGCACAGGAAGGGACAGCUCAUCACCAGCGACCGUGAUGAACGGGAUGAAAGUAGUUAAGCUGUCAAUACCAAGAUUAGACACUGUAAGUGAAAGCGUACGCGUUGCUACUCAGACGGCCAAGUCGUCUCCGUCGCCGCCUUUGGUCAAAGUGAAAGACGAGCCCAUAGACGAAGAGUAUGAACACGCGCUGAUAUCUUCUGCAUUUACAGCAAGCGUGAAAGAUGAGCCCGACACGGCAAAGGAGGACUUGAGGAUCGGAUCGGUCUUCUCUGUGCCCCCAGCAACUGAAAGGCAGCCGCGGCCCAUCGUCCACCCCUUGUCGCCGCACAUGUGCUGUUGCCACUGCAAGAAGAGCCUGAUGAAAGGCCAGACGGCGUUCCAGCGGAAGGGCUCGCCAGCACUCUUCUGCUCCACCAUCUGCCUCACCACGUCUCUCCCCUCAGGCAGAGUCACUAAGAUCUGCCACAACUGCCAAAAGUUGAUAAUUCGGCCUCAGGACGUCAUUCUGGCUCCAGAUGCCAAAGGCACCAUGAAGGAAUUCUGCAGCCAGAACUGCCUGACCUCCUUCAACUCCAAGAAAAACCUCACCAACUUCAAGACACUUGCCCCCACCAAAACCACACCGCAGCCAUUGGCCCCACAGUCGCUCUGCAGCAUGUGCACAAGAUUCUGCAUUAGCAAACACGAGGUGAUCCUGAGCGGUGCCGUCCACAAGAUCUGCAGCGACGCCUGCUUCAACCGCUUCCGUACAGUGAACAACCUGUCCAUGGCCGGAUGUGCCAACUGCGGCUCCUACUGCCACAGCAAGCCGCUAAUGCUGAAGCUGGAGGACAGCAACAAAACCCUGUGCAAUGCAGAGUGUCUGGCCAAGUACAAAGAGAAUACGAAGAUAACCAAGCCGUGUACGAUGUGUCGCACCACCCGGUUGCUGGUCAAGAUGGUUGACAACAAAAACAGCGAUGACUCUGUGAACCUCUUCUGUAGCAGCAGCUGUGUGAUGGCAUUCAAGGUCCAGACUGUCAGUGCAUCAGGUACAGGUGCUCGGUUGAAUUGUGAUAGUUGUGGGAAAAACACAGUGCCAGCCUACCACCUGGCCAUGUCCGAUACAUCCAUCAGGAACUUCUGCACUCUCCCUUGUGUCAUGGCUUUCCAGGAAAAGUUCAAGAAGUCCCAGAAACAGGUGAACGUUUUUACCAAGCUGCCAAUCGGCGCCGCCCAAAUCCAGAGUGUCACUCCCAUCCAAACCCUGCAAGACGUCACUAAAGGACCGCUGAAACUGAAAUGCUUCCAGUGUGACAGCAACAUAGCUUUUAAACCCGAACUUCUCCAGAUCAAGGACAAGUUAGUUUUCUUCUGCGGCAUGGACUGUGCUCACGAGUUCAAGAAAGACAACUUUGUGACGAGCCUGUGUGAAUACUGCAAGAUCGAAAAGAUCACCAGAGACGCCAAGAGGAUUAACAACCGAGACUGCUUCUUCUGCAGCGACGGCUGUAAGCUCCUCUUCAGACACGACCUGACUAAAAACUGGGGGAAACACUGUCACUCCUGCGUCUACUGCCACAGCAUGUCCAAGAAGCUGGUGACUGCUCAGUACGGAGGCUCGACGGAGGAUUUCUGCUCCGAGGAUUGCCGGUCAAAAUACACCAUGCUCUUCUGCCACGUUGCAAAGUGUGACACCUGCGGCCACAAAGGGAAACUGAAGCAGAGUCUGCCCAUGCUGGGAGAGGUCAAACACUUCUGUGAUCUGAGUUGUCUGCUCCAUUUCUGCUGUGACACAGUGGCCACGCAGGGCGAGAUCAUCACAGGGGAGGCCACGCCGGUCAUCGCCAACGUCAUCUCGCUUGCUGGCCCUCUGACGAGGAAAUCAAACGCCAGCCAGCAACAACACACAGGCACAGUCUUUCAAUCAAAGAACUCUGGACAUAUCAGCAUUCAGACAGAUGCAGUGAAAGUCCAUCCUCCGCCCGCCCCAAAAAUCCUGAAGAACAAGGCCGUGCUCUGCAGACCGCUGGUGCAGAACAAAGGGGUCUCCUGUACAACACAGACCGUCGACGUCGAAGCACAGACAGACGACGUCUACCCUAAAAUCCUGGUCGUUCCUGUCCCAGUGCCGGUGUAUAUUCCUGUACCCAUGAACAUGUACAGCCAGUUUACUCCCAAAGCUCUGGGCCUGCCAUUACCGGUGCCUGUACCCGUGUUCCUUCCCGUGACCAUGGACAGCGCUGAGCGCAUCAUGGAAACCAUCCAGGAGAUCAAGCAAAAGAUCCCGUCGGACCCCUUCGAGGCAGAACUCAUCCUUAUGGCCGAGAUGGUCGCGGAACAGAAUGAGAAGAAUGACAAAGAGGAGGGACCAAAGGAGAAAAAAGUGUCUGAGAAGGAGAAGGAGAAACCAGAAGCAGCUGCUCCGGAUGACCACGGCAGCAACUUCAGCGACGACUUGGACACGGACGACUUGGCUAGUUUCCUCAACAACUGGGAGGACGGCUCCUCUGAUGCGGGACUCCGGUCUCCCGGCCGACUGUGCGGUCAGGAAAAGCUCAACCCGAUCCUUGACAUCCCUGCGGGCGCAACCAGUGAGCCUUACUCCGAACCCCCACCUCCAGCUCCGCCUCCCAUGGACGUCGAAGCUGACUUCGCUGUCGAAACUCUGGAGAGGAUGGCCCGGUUGAGAGAGCAGUCCCAGCAAUCCCCGAGCCCUCCGCCUGCAGCUUCGAGACGACGACAAGCUCACAGGAAAGCCCGAGAAAAGAAGGGUCGUAAGUCACAGCGGUCAUCUAAGGGGGCUGAAGCGUCGACUCAAAAAGGCGGCGCCAACAAGGCCGUGGCUCCAGACGUCCCAAAACUGGAGAGUCAAUAUGGAGUUGAUGCCUGGAAGCGAUGGAUCCAGUGGAGGCAAACUCAACCCAACCUGGAGAAACCCCGCUUCGGUUCUCGGCCCAUGGAGUUGAAGGAUGAUGUUCUUCGCUGCACCACUGCUGAGCUGAGCUACGGCCUCUGCUGCUUCAUCACUGAGCUGAAACGACCCAACGGAGAGCCGUACUCCCCCGACAGCCUGUUCUACCUCUGCCUCGGCAUUCAGCAGUACCUGUUUGAGAACGGUCGUGUGGAGAACAUAUUCAUGGAUCGGUUCUACAACAAAUUCUCCACUGAGUUCAAUAAUAUGCUAAGAGAUUUCAAACCCUCAAUCACAGCAAGUGGCUACAUCCACUCCCGUGUGGAGGAGGGGUUUCUGUGGGACUGCAAACAGCUGGGGGCGUACUCUCCCAUCGUCCUCCUCAACACUCUGCUCUUCUUCUGCUGCAAGUACUUUGGCUUCACCACAGUGGAGCAGCACCGCCAGCUGUCCUUCGCCCACGUCAUGCGCUGCACCAAGACCAACCCGAACAACACCAAGACCACCUUCCUGCGCUUCUACCCGCCAAUAUCCAUAAACGAAGCAGAGACAGAUCCAGAGGUUCCUGUGAAGAAGCGUAAGGAGGAGGAGAGCAAAGAGGAUAUUCUAGAGAUGAUGGAGAACACGGAGAACCCUCUCCGCUGUCCAGUCAGACUCUACGAGUUCUACCUCUCUAAGUGCUCGGAGUCGGUCAAGCAGCGCACCAACCUGUUCUACCUUCACCCCGAGCGCUGCUGCGUCCCCAACAGCCCCCUGUGGUUCUCCUUCACCCCUCUGGACGACGGCACCAUGGAGGGCAUGCUCGUCCGCAUCCUCACCAUCAGAGAACUGCAUCUGGGGAAGAGGAAAGCUGAAGGGAUGGAGCAGAAGACCUCUGAGGACCCACCAUUUAUACCACCUGGCGAGGAGGGAGAUGGGGAUUCAGAGGGAUGAGGAGCAGAAGUUACCUUUUUAUUGGUGUAGCAGCUUGUCGUGUAAAUGUUUGUAGAUAAACAGACAUUUUCAUUUAAACAUGGCCCAAUAAACAGAAAUGGACAGCAUACAUAUAUCAUAUGCAUAACUACAAUGUGCAGAAGUGCAAAGAAAGUCAUACUUCCUCAAGUACAUGUUGUGUAGGUGUUUUGGUACUGGGAUACAAAACUCGGCAUUCAGACUGUUGACUACCUGCUCAGCAGGACACAUAGCUGUCCUUUUGUGUUUUGUCUGGUGAAUGGUUGCUUCUCAUGGAGAAUGCUACUUUUCUUCCUUCAAUUCUCUUAAUGUCGAUGAGUACAAGACCAGAAGACAAACUAAAAACAGCUUUCUGUGAAGUAGAUGUAAAUUGUCGACCAUCAUUGACAAACCUGCAGUAUGGUUUGAUUUUCAACAACGUAUCAAUACCAUGAUUUUGUGUCAGUCAAAGAACACAUCUUUAUUUCCAGACCCAAUAUUCUUUUGCUGCUUUUAUAUGAGGAUAUUUAGGAAAUAUAAAAAUUCCACAGGAAAUCACUGAUUUGAUAAUGUGAAAGUGUGACCACUGUUUUUUCCUUUAUAUCUACAUCAAAUCUGACUUCAGAUCUUGUCACUUGAUUGUGAGAUUACAGAGUGACACACGAUUUGUGUCAUUAAUGUUAAAUUAAAGAAUCAAACAGUUUUCUAUACUUCUUUUGCCUCACCAGUAGAAAUGGACAGAGUCCAAAUGAUUAGAUUAAAACCAUUUGGGAUAUGAUUUGUAUACAUUUAAGAAGACUAAGCUAAUUUUGAGCACUUUUGUUAAACACGCUGAAAUGAACCAAGUUAUUUGUGUCUUGUGUUGACUUCAUUUUGGACAUGCUGUUACAUCCAAGCAUCCUCUUUGACAUUGAUUUUUGCAUAAACAUCACCCUGGUGUAUAAACACUAAGUAGCCUACAGACCAUUUAUGUAUAUCUUGGUUAUAUUAACUCCCAGUCAUUCGUAUGGCUGCCAAUGUUCUGAAUAUUUUCUAUUGUACGUUUUUUUUAAAUAAAAAUAAUUCAAGACGUUUUAUGAGAACAGUAA